AUGAUGAUUCCUGGUGGAAAUUUUGACAAUAAGCCCAACAACCCACCUGGAAGAGAAAAUCCCCGUGCGAGCUCGCCUGUCUUAAAUCUCUGCUCCCCAAAAUCCGAGCGAGCACUGAAAUCAAUCGCCUUCAAGAGCUUUGAUUCUUGCUGUUAUCUUGGCUUUGAUGUGUCAUCUGAUGCAAAUUCUUCUUUCUCCUCUGCUGAUAAGUCGAAGAAAUCUGAAGCUGCUUCCAGAGCGUCAUUCAUGAUUGUUGUGUUGAUUCCAUGUGAGCAGAUACAGCAGCGGCAGGCCUUAUUUUCAGGAGCCCCCCUGGUUGCCGCCGAAAUAUCAUGAGACCCCCUCUUGAUUGGUUGCUGAGAUUGUCAAGUGGGAGCGAGUCAUAAAUGGGGACUUUUGUGAGGGACUAGAGGGUAACAUUUCCUGCAGUGAACAGGGAGAAACUGGGAAUUAUAUGGCAUCACUGGGGACGUCAUGGUUCCUACUUGCUUGACACGGGGGUGUACGUAGGAGAAGUUAGUGAUGUUAUUCCGAAAAGUUCGAUGUUGUAUAAUGUCCAUGAUGGUAGCUUGCAAUAAAGGGGAUGUAUAGGAGUUAGUGAUAUUACUACGAAAAGUUUAAUGUUGGAUAAUAUCCAUGAUGGUAGCUCGCAA